AUGGCUCAUACGGAUUCAGAAAACUCAAGCGGCGAUGAGCAUGCUUCGGUGGACGGAAUCGAAGACCACAAUGAUUUUGUUGAAGAGGAAGAUGAAAGUGAUAAUGAAGACCCGUCGGAAAUCGUAGACAAGAAGAAGGAGAAAAAGAAGAAAGUGUAUCGGUUGGAGUUGACCGAAACUGAGAACUUUAAUGAAAAGUUGGCCAAACGGGGUGUAAUUUACAUUGCAAGAAUCCCUCCUCGUAUGACACCAACCAAAGUCAAAGCUCUCUUAUCUGAGUUUGCGGAAGUAACGAGGGUCUAUUUGGUGGAAGAGGAUCCAACUGUUCGGAAACGACGCAAGAAAAACCUUGGCAGUUCUGGAGGAAAGAGAUAUACUGAAGGAUGGGUCGAAUUCGCAAGCAAAAAGAAGGCAAAGCACAUCGCCAAAGCUCUGAACAAUUCACCAAUUUCGAAUCACAAACGCAAUCCUCAUUAUGGUGAUCUAUGGAAUGUAAAAUACCUACACAAGUUCAAGUGGAGUCAUUUGACGGAAAAAGUAGCCUACGAACGUCGAGUCCGAGAACAGAAACUGCGAAUUGAAAUGAUGCAUGCCCGUCGUGAGAAUGCAGCAUACGUCCAAAUGGUGGAGACUGGAAAGAAGUUGGACAAGAUCGAAGAGAGAAAGCGAAAACGAGGAGAAAAGGAUGGUGUGGAGGUUAUGAAGAAGCGAAAGCAUCGGCAAUCCAAGCCAAUCGACGGAUCCAGCAAAUCGGCCAAGAGUGCAGUCCUCCAGAGCGUAUUGUAG